AAGAAAUUGGCUAUCGAUCGCAAUCAACGGGUUCUAUUGCUAGAGUUUUUUCACCCGACGUGGUCUCCUAGGGUUAGCAGACAAUCGUGUAAAGAUGUCAAGCGCAGAUGAAGAACGUGUGGCUUCAUCUGCAAGCGCGUCGACGUCCGAAAGCGGCGUCCAGAACCCCUCUGCUGCAGCAACCAGCCCAACGAAAAAGAAAAAGGAGUGGCAUCCCAUUACAAUGCCAACGCAACAGGAGCUUGCAGCCCAGGAAUUUAUGAACAAUUGCUUGGUAAAAUCGGCCAUUUCGGGAGCGAUGGGUGGCCUCGCUGGCUUCGCUUUCGGGCUUUUCUCCGCCUCCAUGGAGAAUGCACACGGGGGUCUAGACACGGUGCCAGAACUCGGCCCCGAAAAGACAACCCGGGUCAUACUGCGAGAGAUGUUCCAAAACAUGAAAACCAAGAGCGUGUCUUACGCGAAGGGCUUUGCGCUUAUGGGCGCGCUGUAUUCUUUCAACGAAUGCGUGAUUGAGAAGUGGCGCGCCAAGCACGACAAGGCUAACCCGGCGUUGGCAGGCUGCGUGACGGGAGCGAUGAUGGCGCAUAGCGCGGGGCCCACGGCCAUGUGCUGGGGCUGUGCCUCUUUUGCGGCCUUCUCCACAGCCAUUGAAUACUGGAUGGAGUCCUAGAGGCCAUGUGUACGUACAUACCUCGGCCUAGGGUAGAGGAGGGAGGCUGGCGGACCCGCCGGAUGGAGAGUAUCUGAUGGCGCAUCCGCCUCCCCCCGGAGGAAACGGCGUUGUGCUGUGAUGUGCGGGAUGCUGCAUCAGCUGGGAGGACUGCUGAUGUGCGCCGUGUGGACUCGUUUUUCAGUUUCCUGCU